GGAUGAGAUAAUGAGCGGCCCUGGAGGACCCCAGCAACUCAAUUUGAGACCACGGAUUCCUAAAGCUUGAAGAACCUGGAAAGUGUGGAGUUGUCAGCAAGAGAACCCAGAGAAAGGUCCAACCUGAGCAUGGCAGCCUCUACAGAGAACUCUCUCCACCCAGGAGAACAUGGCAAAGCAUAUGAGGUCCCAGUGUCAUUUGAGGAUGUGACUGUGGACUUCAGCAGGGAGGAGUGGCAGAAACUGGACUCUACUCAAAGAUGCCUAUACCAAGAUGUCAUGCUAGAGAACUACAGCCACCUGCUCUCAGUGGGGUUUGAAGUUCCAAAGCCAGAGGUCAUCUUCAAGUUGGAGCAAGGAGAGGAACCAUGGAUGUUGGAGGAUGAAGUCCCACAUCAGAGCUGUUUUGAUGGCAAGUUUGGGAACAAGAACUCACAAAAAAGAAUUUCCAGCCAAAAUCCAUUUCAUAGUGAAAUAGAAAUUGAUCAUAGGAGAGAUGAUCCAUUGUAUUCCAUUUUAGAAGACCUAUGGCAAGAUGCUGAACAGAUACAAAGGUGUAAGGAAAACCAGAAAAAGCUGCUGAGCAAUGCUGCUUUCCUCACUAAGAAAACAUUGAGUACAGAGUGGGAAUUCAAAUAUACAGACAUGAGGAAAUAUGUACUUCCAAGUCCAGAACUUACACCUGUACAGAAGAGACCCCCCAAACCUAACUCAUUGGGGAAGCAUUUUAAACAUAAUUUAGAUGUCCAUAUUCAUAAUAAACACAGUUCAGAAGAGAACUUAGAUAAAAUUAUUGGGCAAGGUGAAGUUUUUACCCAGGGCACUUCUUAUACUAACCAUGCAAAUUCACCUGCAGGAGUGACAUUCUAUGGAAGUAAUCCAUGUGGAAAAGUCUCUAGCCCUAAACAAAAUGAAAAGCCUCCUAUUGUGGAGAAAGCAAACACAUGUACUGAAUUUGGGAAAGUCUGUACCCCUAAAUCACGCCUUUUCACACCUCCAAGAAUUCACAGUGUGGAAAAACAUCACGACCUUAGCAAAUGUGCAAAUGGUUUACCACAGAAGCCACUACUCAGCAUAUACCUGAGAGUACACAGAGAUGAAAAACUGUACAUAUGUACAAAAUGCGGAAAGGCCUUCCUCCAAAAUUCAGAAUUAAUGGUGCACGAGAAAACUCACACAAGAGAGAAACCCUAUAAAUGCAGUGAAUGUGGGAAAUCAUUUUUCCAACCAUCGUCUCUCCUCAGGCACCAGACAACUCAUACCCGAGGAAAAAUCUACGAGUGCGGUGAGUGUGGGAAAGGCUUCUCCCUGAACUCAGCCCUCAGUGUCCACCAGAAAAUCCAUACUGGAGAGAGGCACCAUAAAUGUAAUGAGUGUGGGAAAGCCUUUACCCAAAAGUCAACACUCAGAAUGCACCAGAGAAUUCACACGGGGGAGAGAUCCUAUGUGUGUGCCCAGUGUGGCCAGGCCUUCAUCCAGAAGGCCCACUUGAUUGCUCACCAGAGAAUUCACACAGGAGAAAAGCCAUAUUCAUGCAGUGACUGUGGCAAGUCUUUCCCCUCCAAGUCCCAACUCCAGAUGCAUAAGCGAGUCCAUACAGGAGAAAAACCCUACGUAUGCACUGAAUGUGGGAAGGCUUUCACCAACAGGUCAAAUCUCAACACUCACCAAAAAGCUCAUACCGGAGAGAAGUCGUACAUAUGUGCUGAAUGUGGGAAGGCCUUCACGGACAGGUCCAAUUUCAACAAACACCAGACCAUUCAUACUGGAGAGAAGCCCUAUGUGUGUGCUGACUGUGGGAGAGCCUUCAUCCAUAAGGCAGAGUUAACUGCACAUCAAAGAAUCCAUACUACUGAGAAGCCUUAUAAAUGUCCUGACUGUGCGAAGUCCUUCUCCAAGAAACCACAUCUGAAGGUGCAUCAACGAAUUCACACUGGGGAGAAACCAUACAUAUGUGCUGAAUGUGGGAAGGCCUUCACCGACAGGUCCAAUUUCAACAAACACCAGACCAUUCACACUGGAGAGAAGCCCUAUAAGUGCAGUGACUGUGGGAAGGGCUUCACCCAGAAAUCAGUGCUCAGUAUGCAUCGCAAUAUUCACUCCUGAAAGUAAAUCCCAUUUCCUAAAGAGAGGGAGCCUCUUCACAGAUGCUUGGCCCAUAUGUACGUUACACCAUUCACCUGAGACCAAUCCUUCAUGAAUGCAUUGUCUGAGAAAGUGUUCAUUAGCCUGUCUCACCCAAGAUGAG